AGUUAUUACAAAAGUAGUAUCAUAGACAAGAUGCAGUGGGACCCGAAAGACAAAACCUUUUUGAUCACCGGUGGAGCUUCUGGUCUAGGAGCUGAAUAUGCUCAAGCUUUUCUCGACCAUGGGGCAAAGAAAGUGGCUAUACUAGACAUCGCGGUGGAGGUUGGCAAGGCGACGGCUGAGCGGCUGAACAAGAGUCACCCCGACAAGGCGGUGUUCAUCAGCUGCGACGUGAGCAAGGAGGAGGACAUAGCUGCCGCCUUCGCCGCGGCGCUCGCGCAGCUCAAGCAGAUCGACGUCAUCAUCAACAACGCCGGCAUCAUGGUCGACGCGCCCAACAUGUGGAGAACCGCUUGUGACGUUAAUUGGCAAGGACUUAUCUCUUUCACUUUGAAAGGCAUCAAGCAUAUGCGCAAAGACGAAGGUGGUGCCGGUGGAACAAUAAUCAAUAUUUCUUCAGUAGCUGCUAUAUCUAAAAACCCGGCGUUACCAAUUUACUUUGGUUCCAAAAUGGCUGUACUGCACUUUGGUCAAUGCAUAGCGAUGGGUUCCUUUUUCGACGACACCGGCGUCAGAGUUUUAACGAUGUGCCCAGGAGCUACAGAUACUCCGUUGCUGCAUAAUUUGGAACAGAGGGCAUAUGAUCCAAAACUCGGAAAGGGCUUGGCCGACAUCUUUGAAUUAGAAGAAACUAUAUGCCAAAAGACACAAUCUGCAGUGACGGCGGUUCUCCACAUGUACAAAGUUGGCGCACCCGCCACGACUUGGCUGACCAUGGACGACAAACCAGCUCGCGACAUAACGGCUACUAUUGACAGCGCUUUUGACAGUUUUGAAAAAGCAUUGUUUAACUAAAUUAAGAAUGUUAAAUUAAUCAAUGAAAUAUUAAACUUUACCCUAGCUAUAA